AUGCCGGCGUCUACCGACUCGGAAGUGAAGCCUCUCCCACCAGUCCCUGGCUGGGAAUCUAUCCCCCUCGACGCAGACUGGACGAAUACCAUCUUCGACAUAAACUGGAAGCCCGGAAUAGAGGGGAAGCGUUACUUUACAGACUUCCCCAGCCCCCAAAAGAAGACUUGGGAUCGUGGCCCAGCUUUGGUAGCACUCCCCAUUCUCGGUUUCUGUGGCUUCAUGUAUAGCAUCUGGGACAAGAUAUGCCAUUGGGAAGAGCUGAUCUGGCCGAGCGAUGAUACCGCCACCACCAUGCUGUUGAAGGCCUACUGA